CGGGAUGUAUCAUCCACAGAUCUUCAUGUUGUGGUGGGGAGACGAGGCGAUUCUACAGUUCUGAAAUGUGGAGGGGAUUCUGUAGACCAAAUAGCGGGAAUUAUAUGGAAGAUCCAUCAUAUCAAUAAUUCUCGGUGUUUAUUCUCAUAUGGUCCACACAUAAAAGGAGGAUCACAGAUUUACCACAACUGCAGUACAAGAAUGACACUAACCAAUAUAACACUGACCAUCCAGGACACCCAGAUAUCUGAUGGAGGAUAUUAUACCUGUGAACUGUCAACUGGUAGAGGGACCUUCAUCUAUACAACUAUUUUACAAGUAUUAGCUCAGCCCUCUGUGUCUCUGCAUAUAAACAGCGAUGGAUCUCUGGAGUGUAGA